AUGUGGCUGUACAGAGGGGCUCAAUCGGCCGUCUUUUACUAUGCCACCUGUACGCCCUGUGCUAUGUCCUUUGACCGUCGCAAGCGAAAGAAGGAAGCUGUUCGAUCGCAACGAGAGAAGGAGAAGGUUGACGCCGUCAUCACCGACCAACCAAAACCAUUCCCUCAGCCAACACCGUUCAGUACCAACCCAGGAUGGGCUGAAGAGAUUGCUUUAGGUCCGGGCCCUCCCGCAAGGAGAGGAGGUCAUCGGAACAAUCAUCGACGGACCGACAGUUGGAAUACUGAUCCGUUGUCACCUAUGGAGUCGAGCCACGACGUGGGGGAGGCAUCACUGAGAAAGGAUAAAAGCAGUCUUAAGCAUCCGCUAGGCGACCGGUGGAACCGUAUGCGUUAUCAGCGCGAGGAUGAACCCCUGUGGGGGGAGGAAGUGGAGGUGAAGGGCUCCUCGGUUGGAAUCUCCGGUCGGGUCAAAGCGAACACCACCGAGCCCAGCAAGUACUAUGUCGCCCGGGUACCCCCGGUCAACGAUCUUCAUCCACCGAUUGUAAGCGGACCCAAGAGCCGGGCGGAAACAAGAUGGAUGUUGCAACCGCCUCCCAGCGCCAGAGUCAUGGCCGGAAAGGAACCGUUCAGCGCUUCAACCCGCAAGAAUGACUGCGGGGCACUACCCAAAGACAAUCAUCUUAACAAGGCAGGGUCGACAGUUGCCCAGCGGAAUAGACAGCUGCCACCCUUGGCUACUCAAAGUACGGAUCAAAGGUCGUCGAACAAAUCCACGCCUAUUCUGGCUUCGCCCUACGAACACUCUGCCCAGAAAGCACCAAAGCCCGAAAGCAACAGUCAGCGUGAGCUUCCUCGGCAGCUGUCGUCGACUAUGCUGCCAUACGGACGUGACGAGAGCAUGUUUGUCAUCUCAGUACCUAGACAUCCACGUUGCGAUUCACCCUCUACCAUAUCUUCUCCGGACUGCUCAGACGCGGAGACUCCCAGUAUCUCAUGGCAGUAUCCUGAAACUCCAACGUCACGGCCAGUAUCAAAAUCAACGGACGACAAUACUAAGAAUGCCCGUCCGAAAGUAUCAAAGACACUAUCCACGUUUCAGCAGGACAACAAACAGAUUCAACUAUACCAUUUGGAUAUCAACGAUGAUGCAAUUGAAGAAAUCAGCCUGGGCCAGUUUGAACCUAUUCGGCCUUGGCGUUGGAGCAUGGACAUUUGA